GUGACUAAAUAGCGAGCGCAGGCUCUAGUCGAGGGCUGGCCAGGUUCGCUCACAUACAAGCCAGUGCGACAGCCACAAGGUGCUCUGCACAGCCAAGGUGGAUGAUGAUGAUGGUCGCUGACUGACACUGUGGCGUGCAUGCCAGACCUGCUGCAGCAACAACAACCGACGCCGCCUGCAAGACUCGCGGACGGAACCAGAUGCAGUCUAUGAGUGCUGUGGGCUUUUUUCUGCCCUCCACUCGCUGAGGUCGGCAUUGGCAGAGGUGAAUUGGCUACACGUGUGGUUCUGGGUUGUCUGAGACGCAUUAUUGCCUGCUGUGUAGCAGACUGCUUGCUCUCCUGUAGACAGCAAGUGGCGAACAAAAGCCUCCUGCUGAGCUGUCAGGAACCUCGGGCAGCUGUGCUACAGACGGGAGAGAGUCGGAGACCUGACGGUUGUGAACGUUAGCUACCCGGGUAUUGUGGGAUUGGGUACAGUGGACUGUACCUCCCCGAUGUUGUGACUGGACCGGACAUCGUUCUUGAGAGACCUUUUUCCAGAUUGAUCCUCAUCCGAUUCAUCGAUGGGAACUGUGCACAGGACCAAGAUAGUUGUUGUUCUGGCGGUGGUCUUCUUGGCUGGAGGCAACGCACAUGAAGCCUUUGACAAGGCCUUCCGCCAGUUUCUCCAUGAACACGGCUACAGAGGAGGUGCUGUCGGUGCGCUCAAGGACGGCCGCCUGGUUCUGGCCAAAGGUUAUGGGGUCAAGCAUGACGGAACGGAGGUCAAGACGGGAGGUCGCUUCCCUGUGUCCAGCAUCUCCAAGAGCAUCACUGCAGUGGCGGUGCUAAGGCUCGUUCAAGACGGACUCCUGGACCUCGAAGACACUGUGUUCGGACCGCAGGGCAUCCUGCACACCCUGACGCCCCUCAACAAGGAAUGGGUUGACCACAAGAUCAGGGACAUCACUGUGGGGCAUCUACUUCGUCACAGUGGCGGAUGGGACCAGAACAAGGGGCCGAUCUUUGACCCCGUGCUGAAUGAGGUGUACCACAGCCGCGGUCAGCACGUCCCUAGCAUCAGCAAGACGAUGGACGUGCCGCCUCCGCUGGACGCUGCCACUCUCAUCCGCUUUGCUAUCUCCCAGCCUCUGGAUUUUACACCGGGUACCAAGGCGGUCUACUCCAACCUGGGCUACCUCGUGCUUGGCCGCGUGGUGGAGGAGACUUCCGGUCUGGCGUACGAGGAGUACGUCAAGAAGUUUGUUCUCAACCCCUGUGGCAUGUGGCACACGCGGGUGGGGGACCCUUAUACGGCGCACGUCCUGGAGGUUCCAGAAGGGAAAGUCCCGGCCUCGGAGAGCGGGCACUCACCCCCCGAGCUCCCCCUCCUGGACCUUUUGGACUCUCGAACCGUCGACUCCACCCUGGGCUGGUACUCGACGGUCUAUGACGUCAUGCGGUUCGCGCGCUGCGUCUUCGACGGUGAUCGCGUGCUGAAUGACGAAUCCCUAGAGGCUCUGCUGCAGAAGCAGGAAAUAGAGGGCGGGCCUCACUCCCCGGACAUGUGGUUCUGCGCCGGAUUUCACGCUGGAGCCAAGAAUGUGGUAUGGCAAGAGGGCGAUGCGAACGCGGAUGACAUCAUCCUGUACCGCAACCUUAAGCCGGACGGCCAGCAGCAGCUACCGGACACCUGGGUGGUGAUGCUGUACGGCCACAAGCUGCAGCGCCUAAGACACAAGACUCGCGUACUCAUGGGGCAGUUGGGCGAUUGGCUAGCCACUGAAUCAUCUUCGCCGCUUCGCAACCUUUUCGCCCGCGACCUCUCCGACGUCGAUGCGAUGGAUGACGACGUGCUGGUCAGGUUCCGAGUGGACGAGCACCACCUUGACGCUUACGUCAGCGCCGUCCAGCGGGAAGGCUACGACAUCCGCUGGAUCUCCCCCUACACCCACCGUCACCAUACCUCCUUCCUUCUUGUCAGCCACCGUCUCGACGUCGUCACUGCCUCCGACGCCGCUGCUGCGCGGUCAGCCAGCGACUUCAAGCUGGAUCACGGGCUGAGCGAGGACCAGCUGCUGUCGCACAAGCUACAUAUGGAGAACCAAGGCUACAACAUCACCUUCUUGCAGAGCUACCACAGCCAGUCCCAUGAGGCUGGCGACUGCUUCAUGGCCAUAUUCCGGAAGAACGCCUUCACCAGCCAGGCCCAGCUCAAGUACGGCACGGACCACCUGCCGGAGCCCUACGACAAGCUGGUGCAGAUGUACCACGAGGAGCACUUCCGUCCCUUGGUGCAAAGCGUGCUGCCGCACAAGGGCGAGGAGGAAGAGCACUUCUCUUUCAUCUUUCUGCAGGUGCCCGGCGAGAAGCCAGUCGACUUCAAGAACUACUACCGCCUGCCCGAGGCCAGGCUGGAGCCCACCAUCGUACUGAACAGCCGGCAAGGGCGCACGCUGGCCUUCCUAGACUCGUACGAGCUGGAGGGCAAGGCCCGCUUUGCCGCUGUCUUUACUAACGAGACCAAGGCGCGCUGGCUCUUUAAGGGCGGUCUCUUGCAGGAGCAGGCUGCCUUGCUCAUCGAGACCAAGCUCCCGUCUGAUCUGUGGCCCAAGCUCAUCGUGGCGCACGCGGACAAGAACAGCAGCGAAGUCAAGUUCUCGGUCUUCCUCCUCAGCCAGAGAGAGGAUGGCCAGACGGCGAGGAUGGACACGUAUCUGAUGGACCAUCUCUUGCCGGAGGAGGAGUCCACCGGGAGUUUAAAAAGGGUCGUCGUCGAUGGCAGCAACAUCUGAGGUCUCCAGAUUGGGAUCUCACAUGGACAAAGCCUUGUCUUAAACUCGUUUUAACUGGAGCGUGGUGCCUAGUUCGGCAAUUGAAGUUGACCAGUGAGAUCGGUGAAGGAACACAUGAAAAACGACACAAACAUCGGUUUCUGGUUCUUAAUCUGCUCAAGCCGGAAGAUAUAAAAUCUCCAGCACGCAGAAAUAUGAAACACGCCCUUUUCAACUUUUAGAAAAUUGUGUUGCCAGGCAGUGAAAAGAAAGUGUUCUUCCCCUUAUUUAUUUUGAACUUUAAGUGAAAACUCAGUGCAUUGACUACAACAGGGGGAAAGAAUACAAACUUCUGUGUACUUAGAACUUCAAAAUUUUCGUAAUGUAUUGUGUACCAUCCAUCGAAAUUAUUCAUUGUUUCUCAUAACUAAAAUAAUGUAAACUGAUAUACCUUUCAAACCCUGUAUAUAAUAACUCGAUAUUUUCUCGCUUUUGUUUAGUUAUUAGAUAGUGGCAAACAUAGAAUUAUUUUGUUAGCAGGGCAUCACAGAGCCACCGUGUAGCAGACGUUUAGAAAGCAAAACAGUUUGUGAAGCAGGUGCUUUCUGACCAAGUCAGACACUAAGCUACAAAGAUUCCUUUAAUAGGAAAAUGCUUUAAACAAAACGAAAACAUUGCAGCAUUGUUUCGAUAUACUAGUAUUCAGUAUGAUAUUAUCUUAAAACCACCGCACAUCGCUUACAACCAACCCAUCAUGAUUACCCCUAAGUGACCGUCAGGAUCCAAGUGUUCUUAACCGGGGCAAAUAUGGAGAACGUUUGACCAAUUCCGGUAAAAUUUGAUAAAACUGUCAUAUAAAAAAUAGGUUCAGCCUUCGUCGACUUUUUUAAUAGGUGAGAAUGGCCUUUAGACAUGACAGCUUGGAAGUCGUAGAAAAAUGGACAAUGAUGAGCAGACAUUAAAGGAACCUGUCUUUUCUGCUUCCUUCGUUACUCCCUUGUCCACCAAAGAAAAAAAAAAAGUCCGAAAGUACCACUACUAUUCAGUUAGAAUUGGCAUCCAUCAAAGAUAAUGACAAAUCUUUAACUCUUAAAAGAACUUAAUUUAUUCGAGAUUUAGCUUGCCAGCCACUACAUAUUUUUCCCAGUCCCCAUAUUUUUCUUUGUUUUUGCUCUUCAGUUGUUCACGAAAGUUGAACCUCAUGCACCUUUCUUCCUGGCAUUCUUCAGAUGGUAACACAUGGCAGCCGCUGGCUGUAAAAAGAAUGCCAUCGAUGCUUUAGCUUUCCACCUUUCCCCAAGCUGUCUGUGCCGGCUUCCCGCUGCUUGUUUCUCAUCAAAGAAGCAUUGCCGUGGCAGGGUGGUGGAAAGGGAAGCCAACGAUAUUCAGCCCCAAGGUUUACUUCAAGCGGAUGAUUAUAGCUCAGCUUUGCGAGACUGUAAAAAGAAGGAUUACCAUAAAGCAGAGAGAAAAGACAGCUACCAUCUCCACGGCUCACUGACGUAAGACGAUCGAGAGGGUCGUCGUCGCGUACUGCCACGUGACAAUGGAACUACGUGCUGUGGACGGGGUGUGUGGUGGGGAGAGAGAGAGACGCAUAUGAACGGUAGAUUACUCGUAGGUUUGUAGUUUGUUUUUAAAGGUACCAAGUUCUUUUUUUUUUUCAAUGAAUGUGGUGUGGGUCAGCCGAAUGGGCACAGUGGUGGACAUGCCAAAGUCUUUAAUGAGUGCAGCAAAGGACAGCCGUGGAACUUUAUUACAUCCCCUUUGCAAAAAUGCGCCGCAAAGACUAGUCCAAGAAAAAACUGCCCUUGACCAAAAUACCUUUACACCAUUCCUGCAACUAAGGCGAUAUCACCGCGAGAUAUUACAGGCUGCAGAGUGUCCUGGGCAGGAUUGCAUCAACUAAUUGUCUCCCCACAGGCAUCUGUUUAAGUGUUCUCUCACCUACAUACACUGGCUGGUACAACUCAGGCAAGUGCAGAUCUCCACCUUGCCCCUGUUGCCUUUUCUACCUGUUUAAGCCAGGCAGUAGCCACCACCACCGCCUAUUUCACCUGGGAACACUGUUGAUGUGGCUGAAAACAGCUAAUGCACACCUGCGUUAAUACCGGCACCAGAGGCGGCUUUAGGCGUGUGCAAAACUGUGCAUCUGCACUACGCUGUACUACCGUAAUGAGAAUAUCACAGGCCGCCACUUGGUUUUAUUGACAUUGGCGAGUGAAGGGGCCACCGAUUCUUUCUCUGUCCAGAGCUGCCACAAGCCUUGAGCCACUCCUGCUGGCACUCCACUAGUCAUGCUUAAAUAGCUCAUACCUCUAGUUAUAGGUAGCACUGACUGGCAAGCUCCUCUCAUGCCUAGGAUUACCUUAUCUGGAUCCUAUCAUAUACUAAAUACAGUCAAAUCUCCCUACUAUGCCACCCCACUACUAUGCCACUCUCGGUAUUAUGCCACUUUUGCUAGGUCCCGACUAUAAAUUCAAUGUAAAAAAAAAUUUACUAUGCCACCCCUACUCU